AUGAUCGGCUCCACCGCUCCUCUCCUCAUCUCCGAGGCCGGCUUUAGUUCCUUCCAAGUGGGAAUGCUGAUGUCGGCCACCGCCUUCCCCAGCGUCGUCAUCUCUCCCAUCUCCGGCGUGCUGAUCGACAAGAUCGGCACCAACAAAACGAGCCUGUUCUUCAAUUUCAUCAACUUCAUCGGCACCUUACUCUUCGCCUAUUUUGACAGCUUCUACGGCAAGCUCGUGGGCGCGCUCGUUCUGGGCGUUGGCUUCGAGCCCAUGGGCAUCGUACAAGACGGAAUCAUCGCCCGAUGGUUCAUGUGGAGCGAAGGCGAGCCCGUGUCGCCAUCGGUGCCCUCGCCUACGGCAUGUCCUUCUCCGUUUGGGCAUGGUCAUCACCCGGUCGUCGCCGAGACCAGCCUCAAA